UGCGGGGCGGCGCUGGGCGCCGCUCACCGCUCACCGCUUGGGGUCUAUGGCGCGGCCCCCUUACGCCGCCCCGCCUGCCCGGAGCCUACGCCGCCGCGACCAGGAGUCGCGGGCCCCCGAGCCCGCCUGACCGGGUCCCGGAAAUGGCGACCCCGUACCCCGGCAGCGAGGUCAAGUGCGGGGCGGGCCGUGGCGCCAGCGUCCCGUGGGACUUUCUGCCUGGGCUCUUGGUCAAGGCCCCGCCCGGACCCUGCCUGCAGGCGCAGCGCAAGGAGAAGUCUCGAAACGCGGCGCGCUCCCGGCGCGGGAAGGAAAACCUGGAGUUCUUUGAGCUGUCCAAGCUGCUCCCAUUGCCCGGCGCCAUCUCCAGCCAGCUGGACAAGGCCUCCAUCGUGCGCCUCAGCGUCACCUACCUCCGCCUGCGCCGCUUCGCCGCGCUCGGGGCGCCGCCCUGGGGGCUUCGGGCCGUGGGGCCGCCGGCUGGACUCGGGUUCGCCCCCGGACGCCGUGGCCAAGCGGCUCUGGUCUCUGAGGUCUUCGAGCAGCACCUGGGAGGACAUAUCCUGCAGGUGAGGGCCCGCCGCCGCUCUCUGCUGCCACCUGGUGGCCGCCUGCGGAACCGCGUCCUCUUCUCACCUGUGCAAUCUGCAGCGCGCGGACCCCAGACCGAACGCUCGCGCGCCCCCUGCCGCCUGCCAGCCACGGUGGUUCGCUGCAUCCCUCAGGGACACAGACUUCAGACCCGGUCUUCUGCUGGGGGCGGAAUCCUCCCUUUUCCCGCCCUUUAUUUCCCCCGACUGCAGUCCCUGGACGGCUUCGUUUUCGCCUUGAACCAGGAAGGAAAAUUCCUGUACAUCUCCGAAACCGUCUCCAUCUACCUGGGUCUCUCACAGGUGGAGCUGACGGGCAGCAGCGUCUUCGACUACAUUCACCCCGGGGACCACACCGAGGUGCUGGAGCAGCUGGGACUGCGGGCCCGGACUCCCGGUCCCCCCACCCCGCCCUCCGUCUCCUCCUCUUCCUCCUCCUCUUCCUCCUCGCAGGCGGAUAUCCCUGAGAUCGACGCCAGCCCUGCCGAGGCGCCCCCUUCUGCCCGGGUCCAAGAACGCUCCUUCUUCGUCCGUAUGAAAUCCACCCUCACCAAGAGAGGGCUGCACGUCAAGGCGUCAGGGUACAAGGUCAUCCACGUGACAGGGCGCCUGCGGGCCCGCGCCCUGGGCCUUGUGGCCCUGGGUCACACAUUGCCCCCAGCCCCUCUGGCAGAGCUGCCUCUACACGGACACAUGAUCGUCUUCCGUCUCAGCCUGGGUCUCACCAUCCUUGCUUGUGAGAGCAGAGUCAGCGACCACAUGGACCUGGGGCCCUCGGAGCUGGUGGGCCGCAGCUGCUAUCAGUUUGUCCAUGGACAGGAUGCCACCAGGAUCCGCCAAAGCCACCUGGACCUGCUGGACAAGGGCCAGGUGAUGACUGGUUACUACCGCUGGCUGCAGCGCACAGGCGGGUUCGUGUGGCUGCAAUCUGUGGCCACCGUGGCCGGGAGCGGGAAGAGCCCUGGGGAGCACCACGUGCUCUGGGUCAGCCAUGUGCUCAGCCAUGCUGAGGGUGGCCAGACCCCUCUGGACACCUUCCAGCUUCCAGCCAGUGCAGCCUGUGAGGGGGCGUCCAGCUCGGGGCCGGAGCCCACCGAGAGGGGUCCGCCGGCAGAGGGGAAGCAGGCUGCGCCCCCAGACCAGGAUGAUGCCCCCCAGGCCCGGGGCAAGUGCAUCAAAGUGGAGCCGCGGGCGCGGGAAGCCAGAAGCUCCGAGGACAGUGAAGGCGAGGAAGCUGCCCAGCAGCCGCGCGCAACGCGGCAGCCCGGGUUCACCUCAGUCAUCCGAGGCACGCUGCGGCCCUGGGACCCGGAGCCCCCGCGCGACCCACCGCCGCUGCCGCCAGCCCUGCUGCCCGCGGGCCUCCUGCCGCCCGUGGUGCGCAGCCUCUGCGCACCCGGCGCCAUUCGCUACGCGCCCGCAGAGCUGGGCCUCGUGUGCCCGCGCCUGCCUGGAGCCCUCUGCCCUGCACUUGGCCUGCCCUGCCCGGGGCUCGGGCUCGCGGGCCCCAGGGCGCAGCACAAGGGGGACUGAGAACCGGUGCCCAGGAUUAAAGCCUGCUCCCCUCCUGUGUCCGCCUUGCAGGCCUCGAUUGUCCAUCUCCCCCCUCCCGCUCCUCCCCUUGCUCUCCCUCCUCUCCCCUCCGGGCCUUGUCCUCCUCCAGUCCCACCUUCCCCAAGGAACGGGAGCCACCACUCUGAGUCCGGAUCUGGAGCGCCGGCAGCUCAAGUUUUAAUGUCCCAGUCCUCGGGCCGGUCCCCACAGCCCUGCUGCUCACUCGGGCGGC